AUGAUUGGCGACGACCCGUACACACUUGGUCUUUUCGACACUGCCGGUCAGGAGGAUUACGACCGUCUGCGCCCGCUAUCGUAUCCGCAGACGGACGUCUUCCUCGUCUGCUUCAGCGUAACCUCGCCAGCGUCGUUCGAGAACGUCAAGGAGAAGUGGUUCCCUGAAGUUCGGCACCACUGCCCGGGUGUGCCCUGCCUCAUCGUCGGCACGCAGAUCGAUUUGCGCGACGACCCGCAGGUGAUCGAGAAGCUCACGAGGCAGAAGCAGCGCCCGAUCCUUUCGGAGCAGGGUGAGCGUCUCGCACGCGAGCUCGGCGCCGUAAAGUACGUCGAGUGCUCGGCGCUUACCCAGAAGGGUCUCAAGAAUGUUUUCGAUGAGGCAAUCGUCGCUGCACUGGAGCCGCCCGUGGUGAAGAAGAAACGAAACUGCGUCAUCGUCUGA